AUACAUGUGAUUGUGUAAUCUGUCAGUUGAUGAAGUGUAACAGAUUAUUUAUUAUUCAUGUAUCAUGUAGGAUAAUUAAGAUAAUCAGUUGACUUCUAAUACACAAAUCAGUUAUUGUGUGUGUAUGAUGACAAAAUGGCUAAUACUGCUUUACUGGUCUUGACAAAUCCUUUAAAAAUUGGAAAAAUUUUACCGGUAAUUAAAAAACAACAUGUUUUAAAAAUUUUAUAUAUUAAAUAUCUUCCUGAGUUAAAAAAUGAUGCUACUAAGAAUAAAUAUUUAAUAUCUUCUCAUUUGCCACAUAAAAACCGUACUAGUUUGCAUUUUCAAAUAGUAGCUAAUACAUAUGCUUUAGCAACAAAAUUUUUGCCUAAAGUUGAUGUUAGAGUACUAAUUUGUAAUUCUAAAAAGAAUCAUUCAAUAAUUGAGACUAAAAAGCCUAUUGAACUAGUCAUUUUCGACAAAGCAUAUACCAAUGAUGAUGCUAAAAUUUUCAUCCUAGACCAUGUGACAAAUUCUUCACAACCAUCUCCUAAUUUUGUAUCAAUUGCAACUAAUAAUGAAAUAGACAAUUCAAGUGAUGAUCAAUAUCAAGAAGAACAAAAUCAAACUGCCUUAAAAACUUACAAAAGUGUUGUCUUAGGUGGAACAUUUGAUAGACUUCAUAAUGGUCAUAAAAUUUUAUUAACCAAAGCCGUAUUUCAUGCUACAGAAAAAGUAACCGUUGGUGUAACUGACAGUGUGUUAAUUGUUAAUAAAAUUCUUUGGGAAUUGAUAGAACCUUGUGAACGAAGAAUUGAUGCAGUAAAAAACUUUCUUCAAGACAUAGAUUCAUCUUUGAGUUAUGAUGUUGUACCAAUAAAUGACAUUUAUGGACCUACUCAGUAUGAUCCUACAUUUGAAAUGAUUGUAGUCAGUGAAGAAACUCAGAGAGGUGGUCAAAAAAUUAAUGAAUUACGAUCACAAAAAGGCUUAAAUAUUUUAGAUAUUGAAGUUGUUAAACUUGUACACGAAGAAAUUGAAAAUUUUAAUCGUAACGAAAAUGAGGAAUUAAAAAUUAGUUCAUCCAAUUCUAGAAUACGAUUACUUGGUACUAGACUGAAAACACCAGAUAUCUCUAAAAAACCGUUGAGGCCUUAUAUUAUUGGAUUGACAGGUGGUAUAGCUAGUGGAAAGUCUUCUGUAGCAGCAAAACUAGAAUCUCUUGGUGCUGGAGUAGUAUACUGUGACAAAAUAGCACAUGAAUUGUACGAACCUGGUAAAAAAUGUUUCAAUCUUGUUGUACAAUGUUUUGGUAAUGAAAUAUUAACUGAAGACGGCCGAAUAAAUCGAAAAGCUUUAGGAGAUAUUGUUUUUAAAGAUAAAAAAAAACUUGACCAAUUAAAUCAAGCUGUUUGGCCAGCAAUUCUUGAUACUGCUUUGAAUCAAGUUCAACAGCUGCAAGCUCAAAAUAAAGAAAUUAUUAUAAUGGAGGCAGCUGUUCUUAUUCAAGCUAAAUGGCAACAUAUUUGUCAUGAAAUUUGGACUUGUAUUAUUCCACAUAAUGAAGCUAUAAAAAGAUUAGUAGAAAGGAAUAAUUUAAGUGUUGAAGAAGCAGAACUAAGAAUAAAAGCUCAACCAAGCAAUAUUGAACAAGUAAAUGAAGCCACUGUCGUGUUAUCUACACUUUGGAGUCACGAAAUAACACUCAAACAAGUGCAAAAGGCUUGGGAUUUAUUAAAAAAAUUUCUAUCUGAACAUUCAACUAACUAAUUUUUGUUUAAUAAAAUUGAAUCCAUAUUAA